CCGCUCCUCGCCUCCUCGGCUCCGCUCCCCAUGACGGCGGCGGCGGCGGACUCGUCAGCAUUGUAGAGACGCACGAACCGGAGGCGGGGGGUUGCCAUGGCGGCUCCGGCGUCCGCAGCAAUGGCGGGGUACGGGCGCGGGGGCAUGUCGUCGGACAACGCCAAGGGCCUGGUCCUCGCGGUGUCGUCGAGCGCCUUCAUCGGGGCCAGCUUCAUCGUCAAGAAGAUGGGGCUCAGGAGGGCCGCCGACUCCGGCGUCCGCGCGGGAUAUGGAGGGUUUUCUUACUUAAUGGAGCCACUUUGGUGGAUAGGCAUGAUUUCUAUGAUUGUAGGUGAAAUUGCUAAUUUUGCUGCAUAUGCGUUUGCUCCUGCUAUUCUAGUCACUCCUCUUGGUGCACUCAGUAUAAUCAUCAGUGCUGCACUUGCACAUGCCAUUCUACAGGAGAAACUACACACCUUUGGUAUACUUGGUUGUGUUCUCUGUGUUGUUGGAUCGGUCACAAUUGUACUCCAUGCUCCACAAGAGCGUGACAUUGAUUCUGUAAAGGAAGUCUGGGAUCUAGCAACUGAACCAGCUUUCCUUUCCUACGCGUCUAUAGUAGUUGCAGCAGCCUUAGUGCUUAUAUAUUUUGUUGUCCCUCAUCAUGGACAAACAAACAUCAUGGUGUACAUUGGAGUGUGUUCUCUUCUGGGAUCACUCACGGUUAUGAGUGUAAGAGCUCUUGGAAUUGCAUUGAAGCUCACAUUCUCAGGAACAAACCAAUUAUUCUAUCCUCAGACUUGGGCUUUUGUGCUAAUUGUAGCCACCUGUGUGAGCACCCAGAUUAACUAUCUAAAUAAGGCGCUGGACACCUUUAACACAGCAGUUGUCUCACCAAUAUAUUACGUGAUGUUUACAUCACUAACAAUUAUAGCCAGCGUGAUAAUGUUCAAGGAUUGGGAUAAUCAAAAUCCGACGCAAAUUGUUACAGAGAUGUGUGGUUUCAUGAUUAUCCUUUCUGGGACAUUUCUCCUUCACAAGACAAAAGACAUGACUGACAGUACUGGACAAUCUUUGUCCACACGACGCCUAAAGCAUGCUAGUCAGAAUGGGUUUGCCAUUGAGGUCAUACCACUAAAAUGUCAGGAUUCUGUGGAUGAUGAGACCUUGCCAUUGUCACUUCCCAAGGCUAACAAUGUCUACCUAAAGGAAUACCAUUCUCUUAGAUACAAAGACUCAAAUAUUGUCUGAUUGAUAAUUCUUCGCCAACUCAUGGCAGGAAUAUCUUGGGAAUCUUUUUGCUCACAAUGGUCAGACAUGAUUGGUUGAUGUAUAACUGGAGUUGGGGGUUUUACCUCAUCAUGGCCUUGGAUUGAUCGAGAUAACAGAUUAUAAGUGUCACCGUGACUUGCCUGUUUCUGGAUGAUGAUUUCUUCUUUGCUAAGGGGCAAUCAGGAAGGAUGCCAACAUUCAGGACAAUUAAGUGCUAGGCAUCCAGGAAUAUCAGUUCUGGAAAAGCAUUUGAAGUGCACUUAGAUACAGUGGCAUCGUUUAACUAUACUAUUUCCCCCCAUUUUAGGAAGUCAUGUGUUAGCUGCAAUGUGAUCUUUUUUUGACGCAAAAGCUGCAAUGUGAUCUUAUCUGAUUUUUCUAGGAAAAUGCCAUAUAGAAACUUCAGGCUUCAUUUUUUUCUUUACCUGUAAUUGCCUCAUAAAUUGUUGCCCAGUUGUCAAUGUGUAUACCGAGUCUGUGUAAGUAUCAAUUCAAACUUUCUGAUAAAUAGCUGACCAAUCUAA